UAUCCGGAAAACCCCAGGUCCCGAGCAUUCUGGAUAACAGGUCCCAUACCUGUACAGUAAAUAGAGAGUAUGGCACAUGGGAUUUAAAAGGGAACUGUGGCCAGAACUAUAGUUCUACUACUAUAGGAUCAUAUAAUUAACCCUAGGUAUAUUCCUUUUUAAUUAAUGCUUGUAAUAUCCAGUUUCACCCCCUUUUUUCCAGCUGGCUCCUCCCAGGCAUUGUGAUCCUCCCUUUGCAUUAUUAUUUUUUUUUAAGAAAGACAUCUUACAGCACAAAAUGAAUAUUGUAAAAAUCUAAUUGUAUUCAAGGGCUGCAUGGAUGUCUAUAAGAUCAUAUAAAUGCACAAGACCUCAUGUUGAGUGUUUUUAUGCAUUUCACACAAUUCCAAGACUCGUAUUUAUUAUGUUAUUUGCAACUGAGGAAACUUCUACAUAAAUGUCAUACCUAUAUGCUACUCUAACUUUACUGGUAUAAUAAAGAUGUAGUGUAAUAACCAACCCAGUUAUGUGUUUCCAUGGUAACAGCUUCAUUGUGAUGUCAUCACUUAAACUGGUACAAAUCAGUUUGCUUUCUACAAUUCAUUUGAGAGAGCUUUCAUUGUGAUGUCAUGACUUUAGCAUUGUUAUGUCAUUAUGAUUAUGAUGUCAUCACCUAAACUAGUACAAUCCAGCUUGCUUUCUACAAUUCAUUUCACUGAAGACUUCACACUGACAAGACUCAACAUGAAGCUCUUGGCAGUGUUUGUCUUUAUUUUCUUUAUAAUUCAUCUAAUUUGUUUAUCUGAGAGUGCCAUCGGUGGCAGUAAGUAUCUAUUAUACUAGAAGGGUUUCAUGUUGUAGUAAAAGCUUUAUUUUAUAUACUUAUAUAUAUAUAGAGAGAGAGAGAGAGAGAGAGAGAGAGAGCUUUCAUUGUUAUGUCAUCACUUUAGCAUUGUUAUGUCAUUAUGAUCAUGAUUAUGAUGUCAUCACCUUAACUAGUACAACCCAGCUUGCUUUCUACAAAUCAUUUCACUGAAGACUUCACACUGACAAGACGCAACAUGAAGCUCUUGGCAGUGUUUGUCUUUAUUUUCUUUAUAAUUCAUCAAAUUUGUUUAUCUGAGAGUGCCAUCGGUGGCAGUAAGUAUCUGUUAUACUGGAAGGGAUUCAUUUUGUAGUUAAAGCUUUACUUUAUAUACUUAUAUAUAUAUAUAUAUAGAGAGAGAGAGAGAGAGAGAGAGAGAGAGAGAGAGCGCUUUCAUUGUUAUUUCAUCACUUUAGCAUUGUUAUGUCAUUAUGGUUAUGAUGUCAUCACCUAAACUAGUACAAUCCAGCUUGCUUUCUACAAAUCAUUUCACUGAAGACAUCACACUGACAAGACGCAAUAUGAAGCUCUUGACAGUGUUUUUCUUUAUAUUCUUUAUAAUUCAUCUAAUUUGUUUAUCUGAGAGUGCCAUCGGUGGCAUUUGUGGAAACCAACCUAUAUACCAGGGCUCCAGGAUUGUUGGAGGAGAAAAUGCCCCACCUGGGAAGUGGCCAUGGAUGGUUAGCAUCCAGCACCCUGUUAGGAAAGAUUUCUCGCAUAUUUGCGGAGGAAGUGUCUUGAAUGAAAAUUGGGUUCUGACCGCAGCCCAUUGUUUUAAGCAUCUGCAAAGCAAGGAAGAAACAAAUACAUGGAGACUCGUAUUUGGAGCAAACGACUUAAUGUUUCUCGACUCAUCUGUGCAAAUCAGAAGGAUAAAAGAAGUCAUAUGGCCCAAAGCCUAUGAUCCAAAAACAGAGGCAAAUGACAUUGCCCUGAUGCGGUUAGACAAGCCUAUUGAGUUUACGGGUUAUGUGCAGCCGGCUUGUUUCCCAUCAGAGUUUGCUAAUGUAGAGAAAAAGACCGACUGUUACAUUGCAGGAUGGGGAGUUAUAGAAGAAGAAUCUGGAGAACCAUCAGAAGUUUUGCAAGAAGCCAAAGUGCAUCAAAUUGAUUCCAAGAAAUGUAACUCCAAAGACUGGUAUAACGGCGCCAUAGGGGAAUACAACCUAUGUGCAGGCCAUGAGAAAGGAGGGAUCGACAGUUGCCAGGGAGACAGCGGAGGACCUUUAAUGUGCAAAACUCCAAGAUCACGGGUCUAUGCUGUAGUCGGAAUAACCAGUUGGGGAUCAGGCUGCGCAAGAGGCAAGAAGCCGGGUGUUUACACUUCCACCAAAUACUUUAUAAAGUGGAUUGCAAGUAAAGUUGAGAAAGAUGAGAAAGAGAAGCCAAAAAUCAAGAGGAAACGAUCAAUUCUGAAAAACAUCAUUAUGCCCAAUGGACAACUUCCAGAAGCUGAGAAUGUAGGGUUAACCAAAACCCUCACCGAAGGAAUUCAAGCAAAUACUGUUCAACCAACUGCAGAAGUGCAAGAGGAUCCGUAUGGCAGAGAAAAAGGGGCACAAGUUCAAUCUGGACACAUAAGAGAAAAGCCAAAACCUGAAAAAACAGCGCAACCACCAUCUGAAAGCAUUCUGAAAAGAAUUAUGAGUUGGUUACUUACAAAUAUACAACGGACACUUGUUCCAACUGUAAAAAUUACUUAGCAUGAGUGCCCUUUUCCAUAACUGUAUUACUGUACUGGUCUGGAAGUUGGACCUUUAGAUUGGUCCCAUCAUACACUGGAGGAGCAUCAAGUGUAUUAGAAGUUUAUAUUAAAUAUGAUUUUUUUAUAUUUUUUAUAUUUUAUAUGAAUACAUCCUAUUUUUAUAAAACAAAAUAAAUUUGUAAUCUAAUGCAAAAUCAUA